AUGAGACAAUUGCAUCGUGGACAUCCUGGAAAAGAGCGAAUGAAAACAUUGGCAAGGAGUCAUGUUUAUUGGCCAGGAAUAGAUGAAGAUGUCGCAAUUUUUGUAAGAAACUGUCAUAAUUGUGCAGUUGCAGCUACAGCACCAGUGAAACACACAUUACAGUCGUGGCCAUUAGCAACAAAACCAAUGGAACGUCUACAUAUAGACAUAGCAGGACCUUGCAAUGGUCAAUAUUAUUUCGUAAUAAUAGACGCAUUCUCAAAGUGGCCGGAAAUAUAUCAAGUCUCAAACAUCACAUCUUCAACAAUCAUAGCCAAACUAACAGAAAUGUUUGCCAGGUAUGGAGAUUGUGAAACAAUUGUAUCAGACAAUGGUACACAAUUUGUAAGCGCACAAUUUAAUCAGUUUAUCAAAUCUCGUGGUAUCACACAUAUAAAAACUGCCCCAUAUCAUCCACAAUCGAAUGGGCAGGCAGAGAGAUUUGUAAGAACACUAAAACAAGCUCUUCAAAAACUUAAGGAUGAGGGAAAUAGCCAUGAGAUACUUGAAAUAUUCCUACAGACUUACCGAUCAACUCCAAGGGAUAACUCAAAAUCUCCAGCUGAAUUAUUCCUCCAACGAAAAAUAAAAACAACUUUAGAUUUGUUAAAACCUCAACAUUCAAUUUCCUCACCUCAACGAAAUAUUAAAAUGGAACAACAAUUUAAUUUAAAAUAUGGUACAAUCGUAGAAAAAGUCGGAAAUGUUAAUUAUAAUGUUUACAUAUACGACAAUAAGACAAAAUUAAUAAGAUCACAUAUCAACCAACUAAAAAGAAGAUCUGAAAAUAACAAUUUUAGUCAGCCAGAUUCAAUCCAACUCAUGUUAGAACUAUUUGGAAUCAAACCGAAUUUUAUAAAUCAAUCUCAUAUACGACCACCAGUAGAAAAUUCAACUCCAUCAACCCCUCUAAGGCUAGUUGAAGCAAAUGUAACAGCAAGUACUCCAGAACAAAGACAAGUUGAAGCAAAUUCAACUCCAAGCUCUCCUGAAAAUCAAUUACAUUCACCACUAACAUUUAGCACUCCAAUAGCUGCACCUCCAGCAAGUAUUUCAAGACCAAAGCGAAAUGUGAAACCUCCAGAAAGAUUUGGUUUUACCAACUAA